CCCCCUCGCCGCGUCGCCGGUGCCUGCGCCGCCCGCCUCUCCUCUUUUUUUCCUGUCCCGGCGGAGGCCCGGGCGGCCAGCGCGAGCAGCGGGGACCAUGUUCCGACGCAAGCUCACGGCCCUGGACUACCACAACCCCGCAGGCUUCAACUGCAAAGAUGAAACCGAAUUUAGAAACUUUAUUGUUUGGCUGGAAGACCAGAAAAUCAGACACUACAAGAUUGAAGACAGAGGUAACUUGAGAAACAUCCACAGCAGUGACUGGCCCAAGUUCUUUGAGAAGUAUCUCAAAGAUGUAAACUGUCCUUUCAAGAUUCAGGAGCGGCAAGAAGCAAUUGACUGGCUUCUCGGUUUAGCUGUUAGACUUGAAUAUGGAGAUAAUGCUGAAAAAUACAAGGACUUAGUUCCUGAUAACCAGAAAAAUACUGACAACGCAGCAAAAAAUGCUGAGCCAUUGAUCAACCUGGACGUAAAUAAUCCAGAUUUUAAGGCUGGUGUCAUGGCUCUGGCUAACCUCCUUCAGAUUCAGCGUCAUGACGAUUACUUGGUAAUGCUUAAGGCAAUUCGAAUUUUGGUUCAGGAGCGUCUGACACAGGAUGCAGUUGCUAAAGCCAAUCAGACAAAAGAGGGCUUACCUGUUGCUUUAGAUAAACACAUUCUUGGCUUUGACACAGGAGAUGCAGUUCUUAACGAAGCUGCUCAGAUCUUGCGGUUGCUGCACAUAGAAGAGCUCAGAGAGCUACAGACGAAAAUUAAUGAAGCCAUAGUAGCCGUUCAGGCAAUCAUUGCUGACCCAAAGACAGACCACAGACUGGGGAAGGUUGGAAGAUGAGCACAUCAGGAUUUAGCUUCUCGCCUGCUCAGUGUGCUGCGAAGAACCGUGUACACCGGCAUGUGCUUGGAAAUCAGAUGUCACAUUUCAAGGAGGAGUCCCAGGAGAUUGACCGUGUUCUAGAGAUCUACCACCACUGCUUUUUUUCUUUAAUAAAGUUGGGGAAAGAAAGUAAAAA